CAUUACGCCCGUAUAAAACGUCAACUCCACUGACAAAGUCUGUAAUCGGGUUUUUUUUGUUUUUUUUGGUGGGGGGCGAAUGGCUUUGUUUUAAAACAAGUAAUGACUUAAAUAAUUUAUAGUUUAUCAUCCAUAUUGAUAAAAGAAAAGUUUAAAAAAUGGACCAGGACUUUACGGACAUGGAUUCAGAGGGCCGGUGGCAGAACUUAUACAUAGAAAUACGGAAUCAGUCCCAUGAAUGUCCUUUAAAAGUUGCUAAAUAUCCAGAAAAUCGCAACCGGAACCGAUACAGAGAUGUCAGUCCAUUUGAUCACAGCAGAGUUAAACUGGAGAACACAGAGAACGACUACAUCAACGCCAGCCUGGUGGUCAUGGAGGAGGCCCAGAGGAGCUACAUUUUAACUCAGGGUCCUCUGAGGAACACCUGUGGUCACUUCUGGUUGAUGAUCUGGGAACAGAAUACCAAGGCUGUCAUCAUGCUGAACAGAGUCAUAGAGAAGGGCUCAGAAAAGUGUGCUCAGUAUUGGCCAACGCAGGAUGAGCAUGAGAUGUCUUUCAGAGAUACACAUUUCCUGAUAACGCUGGUUUCAGAAGACGUCAAGUCCUACUACACAACCAGAGUGCUGGAGCUGCAAAAUGAUAAGACAGGGGAGAAGAGAGAGAUCUAUCACUUUCAUUACACCACCUGGCCUGAUUUUGGUGUCCCAGAAUCGCCGGCGUCCUUCCUCAACUUCCUGUUCAAGGUGCGGGAGUCUGGCUCGUUGGGGGCGGACCACGGACCGGCGGUAGUGCACUGCAGCGCUGGAAUUGGCCGCUCAGGGACCCUCUCAUUGGUUGACACCUGUCUGGUCCUGAUGGACAAGAGGAAAGACCCAUCGUCCGUGGACAUCAAAGCUGUGCUGCUGGACAUGAGGAAGUACCGUAUGGGUCUGAUCCAGACUCCUGACCAGCUACGCUUCUCCUACAGGGCCGUCCUGGAGGGGGCCAAGUACAUCAUGGGGGACUGCUCUGUACAGAAAAUGUGGCGUGAGCUAUCUAAAGAGGACCAGGACCCAGUGUCUGAUUCUGAAUCCCUUCUUCCUACCCAGCCACCCUCCAAGUGUCCCCUGGAGAAAUACAAUGGCAGCCGGGUGUCCCUGGGGAAAGAGGGAGGGGACGCGGAGCUGGAGGAGAGAACGACGGGGACGGAGUCACCAUAUAAGGAACAGGAUGUGGACGAGAGUACAGCUAAUGCUCGCAAGAGACCGCGCGAUGAGAGGGUGUCUAACUGGACCUCCAAGAUCACAGACCCCAAGCAGACGAAGCCCAGCAUAACAGACUCUGAAAAGAAGAGAAAAAGGUGAGGAUUCAUCUGUCCACUGCACCUUUUAAAAUACAUACUCAUUACACUCACUGUACCAUUAACUAAAUGACCUUCAUCACAUGAAAUAACCAGGAUUUCGUUUUGGAUCCAAACAUGUCUGUAUUGAAAGGUGAUUAAUUCACAGGUUCAAUUUGUUUUAUUGUUUUUCUAUUUGAUAGGACUUCCUGUGUUAAAGGGUAAUAGUUUGUGUGUAAAACAUGUAGACUAUAUUUCUACUAUCACCUCAACAUAACGUAGCUGCUUGUUUGGGAUAAUAAAUGUAAUUUGUCUUGUCGUGUUUCCCAAACCUCUCCUCCAGUACCAUGAGCCAUCCCACAUAUUUGAUCUAUUUCUGGAUGAGUAUCACCUGAUUUUAAUUGGUCAACUAACUAACCACCAAGCCCUUAGUAGUGGAAUCAGGUGUGCUAGUUCUGGAAUGGCUCCAACAAGCAGACUAGGUGCUGGGGAGAUGAGAUGUUAAAAUACUACUUCUUAUUACUCUGUAAGCUGCUGCUUCAUCUGAUAGCUAAACAACCACCCACUUCUCUACGUACAGAUCUAGGAUCAGCUUCCCCUCCCCAUAUCCUAACCUUAACCAUUAGUGGGGAAAAUACAAAACUGACUGAAGUUCAGCAUCUAGGGGGAUCUUCACCCUACACCCCAGACAGACGGACAGACACAUGCCCAUCUCCCCCCUUUUGCCCUCAGAACAGCUGCAGUUCGUUGACUAAACAAUAUUCUCAUUUUAAAUGAAACUGUAACUAAGUAAAAUUAUACUCUGUUUUAUUAUAUCUGAUUAACAAUAUGAGUUCAUAAGAAGGGAUUAUGUGGCAUGAACAGGGAGUAAUUAAAUAUAACAAAAACCAAACUGAGCUCUGGGGUGUUUUAAAUAAGGCAGUGAGUGCAUUCCUAGGUUUUCUGUUAAUUAGAACUGUCAGCUAAGUGGUGAUCGAUAAUGGUGAGGGGUCAAGAGUUAAUUCAGUUAUGUUGUGUGACCUGUGAGUGUGUUCGUGAGUUGGAAUUAACUUUUAAACUCACUUAAUUCUAGGUCGGGAGGAGGGAAUUCAUUUCAGAAGCAACGAAAUGACGUCAUGUUAUUGUAUAUAAACUGUUGCUCGUGGUAACGUGGCAGCGCGCUCCGAGAAUGAAUUAUGUUACCUAUUAUUGAUAAGACUGGUCUCCGUCUAUU